AUGGCGCGGACAGUCUCAAUCCUAACUGAAGCUCAGCUUAACUUCUUUAUCAUCUGCAAUCGAGUCAUUCAAUGGGUUAGUGCAGUGGUCGUUCUCGGCAUCACCUCGUCCUUCAUCCACACAGGCCCCCGCGGCUUGACUAUUACAUACGUGGAAAUCAUCGCCGUCGUGUCCGUCGCUGUAUUUAUACCUUCUUUCGUUUCGCCAUGGCUCAGUACACCCGCCAAGGACUUUGUGCUGUUCAUCGAUAUCGCGUUCUCGUAUUUGUGGCUUACAGCUUUCAUAUUUUCUGCUGUUGACUGCAACCAGAAGGAUUGCCAUCUAAACGCACCCCCCGGCGUGUCGUGCUCGAAGAAAUGGGCGAACGAGGCUUUUAUAUUCCUCACCUUUAUUUUCACUUUCUUCGCACUGUUUAUCGAGACAUAUACUCUGUGGCUGGAGCGUCGCGACAGAAAGACCCCCUUACCUGUACACGAAAAGCAUCAUUCCCAGGCAUCUUCAGCACCUCUACACCAGGAUGAAGGGCCGGAAAGUCACACUUAUCCUGCCCAGCGUGAUCAAGCAUAUCCACAUCCUGGGAGUCAAGCCAAUCCAACUCUGGGUAAUCAAACGUACCCUGCUCCGGGUAACCAAGCCUAUCCUCCUGCGGGUAACCAGACAUAUUCAACUCCGGGUAGCCAACCCUAUUCACCUCCGGGUCAGCAAACAUAUCCCGCCCAGGAAGGUCAAGGCUAUUCAAUCCAGGGUAGUCAAGCAACAGAGGUCCACACUGUAGGUGCCCCACAGGCAGCGUGA